UUAUAUUUUAGUAUUUUACAACGCUGUUUGGUUUUUUCAUAUUCAUGCUGAUCGCUUGUUCAUAACAAAUGUUGACUGUUAUUAUAGUGUCCGUUUUUCAAUCCAUUUUGAAUAAAUUGUAAUUAUUACUAAUUGUUUACUUAUUGAUAGUUUAGACGAAUAACAAAUAGAUGAUUGUUUAUUGAACAUUUAAACGUAAAAUAAUCACGGAUACUUGGUUAUUGUAUAUAAAAUGGCGAAAUCGAUAAGUCAUUUAAUUGCAGACAUUGAAUAUAUUCAUCAGUUGGUGUAUGAUUUAAGAUUAAAUGAAUUACAACAAAUUUUGGAAGCUGUUAAGCAGAACAAAUCUGGUAGCAAACAAUCUUUACGCAAGCGAGUUUUAAACUUGUUAACAGCUUCUUCACCAAAAACAAGAGCUUUGAAAUAUAAAAUUGUUCAAGUCUAUAGAUCUAGACCACAACAAAAUCAACAACCACAACUACCACCACAGACAACGGUUGUACAACCACAAAAUUUUCUACAGCGAUUUUUACGACAACCUCGACUUCCGUCUCAUAGCCAAUCUUAUGCAUCACCAAGACUAAAUCCUGUUCAACCUAUUGUUGAAACCCCAUAUCCAGCUAUCACACAACAAGAAUUUGAAGAUUUACCAUUUUUUAAAACAGUUCAAACAUUAUUAAUGCCUAUGUACUGCCAGACUAAUAUUGAUGCUGCUAAUUUUACUGGGCUAUUUUAUUUAACAGAUAAUGUAAGACAUUCUAUUGUUAAAUCAUGGAAUAUUGCCAGACAAGAAUAUAAAAUUCAAAUAAUUUUAAGAUUAGUACAAGUUGGACUUGAUGAAAAUGUUACUGAACGUUUACCUUACAAUAUUACAGUUUCUGUAAAUGAUCGUCAAUGUAAGUUACCUACGUUAAACAUCCCAACAAAAGCUGGUAUCACACCUUGGCGAUGCAAUGUUCCUAUUGAUAUUACUCAGCAAACUGAUUUAAGAAAUUGUUUACAGAACACAUUAAAAAUUACAUGGUCGGAAGAACCACAUGAAUAUUUAGCUGGUGUUUACGUGGCCCAAAAAUUAACUUGGAAUGAUCUACUUGUUGAACUUAAAAAAAGACCAGUACGUGCCUCUGAUAAAACUAAAGAACUCAUUAAGAAAUCUAUGGAAAAUGACGCUGAUAUGGGUGUAGACUCCAUGUUUGCUACUGUUAAGGAUCCAUUAACAAAACUAAGAAUGAAACUUCCUGCUCGGGGUGUAGACUGUAUACAUCUGCAGUGUUUUGAUGCAAUACAAUUCUUACAGAUGAAUGAGCAAAAGCAAACGUGGACAUGCCCAUUAUGUAAGAAAAAAAUCAAAUUUGAAAACAUUGAAGUUGAUGAAUUUUUUUUAAAUAUGCUUGAAAGUCCAAAUUUAAGUGAAGAAUGCGAAAAUGUUAUUUUAUUAAAAGAUGGUACAUGGUCUGAAAGAAAAAAUAGAGAAUUUCCAAGCCAUUCUAGAACAAACGACUGUCGACCUACAAAUAAUAUAGAAGUGUUUACAUUGUCAGAUUCUGAUGAUGAUGAUGAUGAUAAUGAAUAUAUACCAAAAUCAAAACGUUUAAAAUUUAAUGCACCAAAAGUUGAAGAAUCUGUAAUAAAAUCUGAGCAUAUUGCAGAAAUAGAAGAUUUAACAAAUCCUUCUGAAAAUGAUCAUGUAUUAGACUUGAGUCUUAAAAAUAAUUCAACACCAUCAGCUUCAAGUACAAAGUAUGAACCAAUUAUUACUUUAAAUGACGACCCUGAUCCAUCAACUUCUACCAAUUCAAAGUAUGAACCAGUUGUUAUAUUAAAUGAUGAACCUGAUCCAUCAAGUGACUCAUCCUGUAUGUUAAAUAAUUUGUACCUUCCAAGUAUUACAAUCUCAGGGUCCAAUAACUGUAUAGCAAGUAGUUCUGGAAGUAGUAGAAAUAAUAGACAUCAAGAAAAAGAUAAAUCAAGAUCGGUUUUAUGUGUUAUAACAUUAGAUUGAACUGAUGUAUUUUAAUUCUUAUCUUAAAUUGUAUAUAAUUAUCUAUGUUAAAUAACUUGUUUUCAAAAAGAUAUAGUAGAACUGGUAAAUAUUGUUUUAUCUCUUAACAAAACCAAGUAAAUUGUAAUUAAUAUUCUUAAUAAUGUAUAUAAUAGUUAUAAACUGCCUUAUUUAACCUAUUAUCGAUGCAGUAAUUAAAUCAUGUUUUUCUAUGUUAA